AUGGCUGUUCUUAUUCUUCUUCUAACUUUAAUUCUUCUUUGGUUGGUUUACGAAUUAAAUUGGAAACGUCGAAACCUUCCACCAGGACCAACUCCAUUCCCAUUAAUAGGCAAUCUGUAUAGAAUGUUUACUUGCAAAGCGCCGGGUCUGGAAUGCUAUCAAGAAUGGAGAAAUCAAUAUGGAGAUGUGUACACUGUUUGGAUGGGACCCGAACCAGUUGUCGUCAUUGCGGGAUAUCAGAAAUUGAAGGAGACAUUUUUAAUGGACGGCGAUUCAUACAAAGACAAAAAAAUUUUUUCUAGCUUCAAUAAUGCGCUUCGAGGAGGAGACUAUGGGGUAAUUGACACAAAUGGGGAAAUUUGGAGAGAACAUCGACGAUUUGCUCUUCACACACUGCGAGAUUUCGGUCUCGGAAAGGAAUUAAUGGAAAAUAAAAUUCUUCUCGAAGUCGAACAAUUGAUUUCGGAAAUGAAAAAUACGCCGAACGAUCUAGAUAUUCAGAAUUUAUUUGAUAUUUCUGUGGGAAAUAUUAUCAAUCAAUUUUUGUUUGGAGCACCAGAUUUCCUUGAAUGCCGCGAUGGAAUCUUUGAAUAUAUUAACAAAGAAAUCAAUGCUCAUAAAAUGAAUAUUGACUACAGUCUCGAAGAAAGUAAAGAUUUCACGGAGGCUUAUUUGAAGGAACAAAAAAGAAAAGAAGCCAAUGGUGAUCUCAUUUCAUUCUCAGAUAUUCAAUUGAAAAAUGUUUGUUUCGACAUGUGGAUAGCCGGAAUGCAUACAACGAUGAAUACGCUCGGUUUCCUCGCAGCUUAUGCUAUUCAGAAUCCUCAAAAACAGAAAAAAGUUCAUGACGAAUUGGAUAGAGUUAUUGGCAAUCGCUUAAUAACGAUGCAAGAUAGACCCAGUCUACCGUACACAACAGCAUUCAUUAAUGAAUCGCAGAGAAUGGCAAACCUUCUACCGUUAAAUCUCGUUCACGCAACCACGCGAGAUGUCAACAUUGAUGGAUACAGAAUUCCGAAAGGAACUGCAGUUGUACAUCAAAUCAGUAGCGUUUUAAGCGAUCCCAAGAUUUUUCCGAACCCCGACGAAUUCCAACCGGAGAGGUAUCUCGAUGACCUAGGAAAUCUGAAGAAAAUCGAAGAACUCAUCUCAUUUUCCAUCGGCAAAAGAGUCUGUCUCGGCGAGGGUCUUGCUCGAACUGAGCUCUUCCUAUUCACUGCAAACAUGCUCAACAAUUUCGAAUUGCUUCCAAAUUCCGAUGGAAUUCCUUCGAAACACGUUGAUUUCUCAUUUAUUGUCAAACAAGCCGAUUUCAAAUGCAAUGCCAGAAAUCGGUUCAUUGAUGAUUCGAAUAAAUAA